AUGGUUGUGCCUUUGAUCUCAGCUUCUCUAUUUGGUCAUACAAAUUGUAAUGGAAAUAAUUGCAAAGUAGCAGAUGUCACGGAACUGAAGGGCGUCGCUGGCGACGGGGCUGCCGGAAGCGAUGGCGGAGGCACCGACGAUGGUGGAGGAUUUUGCAGGUCCGGCCAGCAGCGGAAGGGAGAAGACAGGCUGCGUCGAGUGAAGGACAACGAGAAGAGGGAAAGAGUUGGGUUCGCUGCAGAGCCGCCGGUGGCGCUGGCGAUGGAUGAGGGUGGAGGUCGGAGGUGGCAAAGCGGCAAGUAG